CGACAACGAGGUUCGCGACAGCAAUAAUCAUUGUUUCUCCGAUCAAUGUAAAAUGCUACCUAACUGAAGCGUCGCCGUUAUUAGGUUCUUUUCCGCAGAUUAAGAUCUUGCUCACGUUUAGUUUUCACAAAUCUUCUUUUCUACUAUUUUAGUUUAGACGUAACAGUAUCAAGAAACUUGUAGGAUAAACAAUUGUGUGUACGAAUGCAAACCGAUAAGUGGAAUACUAUAAGAUAAUUUUUUUUUUUCUGGUACAAGUAUAAUCAGAAUCGGCGCAAUUUUUAAUAUAAUGAGAGCGUUGUUUUAUAUAAUAAUUAUUUUCACGCUGUCAAGGUUGGAACUAGACGAGGUCGCUUGUAAUACAUCGUUCAAGCGGACCGUCUUUAAACGAGCGAACAUCUCUUAUGACACUUUCGCCUACGUUUUAUCAUGCGAACAAGACAGUUCAGCUAUAUUUGAUAAAAAUAGAGCGGGGUUCAUAAGGCUGUCGUAAAUAGACUUGCUCUGUAUUCGGAAAAACGAAACACUUAUGUAUAUUUAUGGGCGUGUAUAUUUUAAGGAAUUAAGACCGACUGUCACGCAAACUUUGUCAAAGAUUUAACUUAGGAAACGAAUCAUUGAAACAUUUUUCUUUGUACUGAAGUAAUAUAUACAUGUGAAUUCGUACAAGUGCAAAAAGUAGAGACAGGAUACACUUGUUUUUUUUUUUUUUUUUUCCUCAAAAGCUUGUAUGACAACAGUUUGUAUUUUUUAGCUAUGCAGGAAGACAUAACGAUAUUGUUUACUAUUUAUAUUCUGACAGAAAGACAUUUCUUUAUCGCUUGUACAAUGUACCACAUUUAUAAAAACAAUUAGGGAAUUGUCAACGCGCUAAACUCUCCCCCCUAGUGCCUUAGUUGCAUUAUUGUUUCUACAGUAAGACACACACGAACAUUUUUUAUACAUGAUUAUACGGAAAUAUCGUACAAAUAAAGAUUUAUGUAUAAAACAGGCAAUCUGUAAGUAGUGCGGAGCAACAUCUGAGAACACAAAUCUUUACAACAAGACGAUCAAAAUCGCGAAAAUUCACAUAUCUCUACAUUUGCGCGUAAUUUCUUCUUGUUACACACGCAAGUAGUAGUUGAACGAAAUAUUUGGAACCGAUCUGUCAUUGAUAGACGCAGCUCUGAAAUCUUGUAUACAGUAAGUAAAAAGAUUUUUUUUAUAGUCACAGAUUGAACACUUACGUCUUAGUAUUUUUUUUUUUUUUUUUUUUUUUUUACAUUUGGAAGUCUUUGGUACAAAUGUAAAAUAAAGGCGUAUUCUUUUGGAUCGAUAUUUAAUUUCAUUGUAUUGUUAACCGAACAUGAUUUUGAUCCGUGUACGUGUGUGUUUCACGACCGUUGCGUCUCUUUUUCUCUUCCGUUUGGGUGAAAAACGACAAAAAGUAUCGAAAAAACUAAAGGAACAGAUUCCAGAGCUCAUCUGAAAAAUACGAUGGAAAGGAAAAUUGCAAAUCCGCGCUUUGUGCUUCUCCGUAAGAUCAAUGACCAAACUAUUCUGCUCCAGAGCGUACCCUCGUACAGCUGUGAUUCCUGCGACGAGAAUUUCAACACGGAAGCCGAUUUGAUAGUGCACAAGACGGAACAGUCGAUACUUCGAACUCGCGAAGCGUUGCGUCAAGCGGAACCGAGGUACAAGUGCGACGCGUGCGAAAAGACAUUUUCGACGAAAUUUUUGUUGAUGAGACAUUGCGCCACGCCGUGCAAAUAUCCUGUUUUGAAGGACGCGGCUACGAAGCAGGAGGAACGUCAAGAUGCAAUCGCGCAAAUUGUGCGAAAUUGUGCGGUGAAUAAAAAAUUGAUAGAGAAUAAAACAACGAAAGGAAAGAAGAAGUCGAAGGAGAAUAAAAAAUCCGAAGAAAAAAAGAAUUCUGAAGAAAAUAAAUCUGAUGAGAACAAAGAAUCGUCGAAGGGUUCUAUUGAGUGUGACAAAUGUGACAAAUGCUUCAAGAAGAGAAGAUAUCUGAAGGUUCACAAAACGUUGCACGAAUCCCCGUACAUUUGUAACAUUUGCGGCUCGAAGUUGACGUCGGAGUAUUUUCUCAAGAUUCACAUACGGCGACACAACAAAGAAUUCACGGAGUUCUGCGAGAUCUGCAACAAAGGCUUCUACUUGAGAGCGACCUUGAAGAAUCACAUGAGCGUGCACACCGCCGAAAAACCACACGUCUGCGAGAUCUGCAACAAGGCGUUCGGCAAUCGGGUUUAUCUCCGAAGCCACAUGCAGAUUCACUGCAAACCCGAGAUGAGAAAGACGUUCAAGUGCGAGAUCUGCGACUUCCAAACGUUUUACAGCUACUGCUACAGACAGCACGUGUGGACACACACGGGCGAGAGUCAAGUUGCGUGCGAGGUGUGCGGCAAACUGAUCAGACGGCAGUACAUGAAGAUACACAUGAGGAUACACACCGGCGAGAAGCCGGAUAUUUGCGAAUUCUGCGGCAAAGCGUUCAGUUCGAGAAAGUAUCUGAUCAAGCAUCGACGGAUUCACACCGGUGAGAAACCGUACCAGUGUAAGAUCUGCAAAAAGAGUUUCACUCAACGCGGCACGCUCACUCUGCACCUCAGGAGACACGAGGAUCGCAAGUAGACAAGUUUGUUUUUGUUUUAUUUCAACACACACAGAGACAUUUUUCUCAUUUCAAGUUUUUCACAAGCGUUUACACAAUUAACGUGCGGUUGGGAAAAUGUUACCGAUAUUUUGAUGCUUUCGCGAUGUAAGAACUUUUCUGCUCGUUUUUCGUAAAUACUUCACUUUUUUUUUGUAAACUCAGUUCACUUUAUCAAUCGAUUCGAGAGCAGCCUGAUGUUGAGGUGCUCUUUGACAGGUGUUCCUUUAAAUAGCGUAAGGUUGAAGAGGAAGUGUGUGACAUGAUACAUGGAAUCUGGUGUCGAAAUGACUGCUAUGAGCGUAUGUAUGUGUAUGAUCUUUGUUAAGAUUGUUUGCAAGUUUUUAGAUCUCCAGAAGACAAAAAUGUCGCUUAUGUUUAUUACCAAAAAAAAAAAAAAAAGACAACGUUGCUCGUUCCUCGGUACAAUAUUGUGUAUUAUAAUGUUUAUGACAUAUACAAAUAAAUGACAU